ACGUGACGCAGUUGGCGGGCGGAUUUGAAACUGCGAGGAAGGCGGCGGCGGCACCCGGAGCGGUAACGGCCGGGCCAGUUUAGUCACAAUGAGGCGAAGCUCAAGUAUUGCCGGAAGCAGUGGUCGGCAAUCGCUGAUGCCACUGAGAGUGCAGGACAACAACAAGAUGGGUCUUCAAACACCUCAGAUGAAGGACAAAGGUACGUUUGGGAAGCUGAGCAUGAGCAAACCUACACCUGGAACUUCGGAAAGAAAAGUCAGCUUUUUUGGGAAGAGAGCUAGCGGGGCUGGAGGUUCACGCAACAGUCAGUAUGGUGUGUUUGGUACUGAAAAGAUAAAAGAUCCCAGGCCACUUCAUGACAAGGCAUUCAUCCAACAAUGUAUCAAGCAGCUUUCUGAGUUUCUUAAUGAGAAUGGUUAUGCUCAUAAUGUUUCCAUGAAGUCACUACAGUCUCCAUCUGUUAAGGACUUUUUAAAAAUCUUCACUUUUAUCUAUGAAUUCCUCUGCCCUUCUUAUGAACUGCCUGACUCAAAAUUUGAAGAGGAAAUUCCCAGAGUUUUUAAGGAGCUUGGGUACCCCUUUGCAUUGUCAAAAAGUUCCAUGUACACAGUAGGAGCACCACACACAUGGCCUCAGAUUGUGACAGCUUUGAUUUGGUUAAUUGAUUGUGUCAAGUUGUAUGCUGCCAUGAGGGAAAAUGCACCGUCAUUUGAUGAUGGACAGAACUGGGGAGGAGAGACAGAUGAUGGAAUUGUACAUAAUAAGCUUUUCAUGGACUACUCUGUGAAGUGCUAUGAUCUUUUCAUGAAAGGGAGAGAUACUUUUGAAGAAAUGGAUGCAGAAGUGCAAUCAAAAUUAAAGGAUUUGUUUAAUAUAGAUGAAUUCCCGAUAGAAGGUUUAGCAGCUGACAACAAAAGACUUCAGGAAGAGAUUGCAAGACUAGAAAAAGAAAAGGAAAGUGAGCCGGAUCGUAGAGUAACACUACGAAACCUGAAAUCGUCUCUUCAAGCAGAUGUCCAGAAAUACCAGGCUUACUUGGAUAAUCUGGAAUCUCAUGUAGCCAUCCUUGAUCAAAAAAUUGAAGGUGUUAAUGAGGAAGUUGAGACAGCAGGAAUGGAAGUAGAAGCACUGAAGCAAGAGAAUGCCCGGCUGCAGCACAUCUUUGAUAACCAAAAGUACUCAGUUGCGGAUAUUGAGAGAAUAAAUCAUGAGAGAAAUGAGUUGCAGCAAACCAUUAACAAGCUGACUAAGGAGGUGGAAGCAGAGGAACAUCAGCUGUGGAAUGAAGAGUUAAAAUAUGCUAGGAAUAAAGAGGCGAUUGAAAUGCAACUGGCAGAGUAUCAUAAACUGGCUCGAAAGCUGAAAUUAAUUCCAGUAAGUGCUGAGAAUUCCAAAGGCCAUGACUUCGAGAUCCAAUUUAAUCCUGAGGCAGGUCCAAAUUGCCUAGUCAAAUACAGAACUCAGAUCAAGGCUCCCCUUAUGGAGAUCAUUAACCAGACUGAGGAAGAAAUUAGGAAAGCUACUCAACGGAAAAUGACUUUGGAAGAUACUUUGGAACAGGCGAAUGUAAUGGUAGUAGACAAGCAAAGCAGUGUGAAAACACUGAAAGAAGAAGCUGAAAAGCUGGAUGACCUUUACCAUCAGAAGCUUAAGGAGGCAGAAGAGGAAGAGCAAAAAUUUGCAAAUGAACUGGAAUUGCUAGAGAAGCAUAAACAAUUACUUGAGAGUGGUAUCAACGAAGGUCUCAGUGAAGCCACAAAUGAAUUGCAUGAUCUUCAACGACAGUAUCAAGUUGUUAUGCAGACAACAACAGAAGAGAGCAGGAGAGCUGGUGAUAACCUGAAUCGUCUUUUAGAAGUGAUUGCUACUCAUGUAGUAUCUAUUGAGAAAUAUCUUGAUGAACAGAAUGCAAAAAUUGACAGAGAUUAUGAAGAGUUCAUGUCUGAAGAUCUAUUGUCAGCCUUGACUGGAAUUCUAGAGAGUUAUAAAAAGAAGGCUGAAAGUCUGUAAAUACUAAAAAGGUGAAGAUGAAAAUUUUGCAUUUCUGAAGCUCUGGGUGGUGCCUUCUAAAAGGAUGGGUACUUGCUGUGUAUAGAAGUGAAAGUGGUUUUAAGUGUAAGGAAAUAUUUAUGAACUUCCUUUGGUUUAUUGACACAAAUAAACAACAUACUUCCAUUUUCUUUAAAAAGACUUUGCUUACAUUUCCCCGUUGUAAUAUAUUGUAUGUGACUACAACCAUAUCUGACAAGGCAACUGUGGAACAACUUUAUUUCACUUUUUCUUUAUAAUCAAAUCAUUUAUGCACUUUUAGGAAGAUUUUCAGACAAAAGUACAGUUAACCUGAUAAAAUAACAAGUCAGAGUGGAUUUAAAGAUGGAACCAAAAGUGACAGCACAAAUGCAGAGGGUAUUGACACUUUGAAAUACUUCUUAAAAAUAACUAGCACCUUUUGCAAAUGUGUAAGAUUGCUAACUGGGACAAGUUGUGCUUUCCUUUUAGGAGUAUAGUUUGUGCAUUUUGUAGUAGACAUACAUAUUUAGUGCAUGUGCAUGACAGUGUACAUCCU